AUGGCAACCGCAACUCGAUCAUCUGCAACCGCCUCGCCUCAUCUAAACAAUGCUGGCAUCAAGAGCACCACAGCAUCACCUCGCUCUAGUCGCAGUGCCCUGCAAACAUCAGACACUUUGAAGAAGGAGCCUAGUGUUGAGGCCAAGCCAGAAUCGAGCGUACCUACCAUCAACCAACCCGACGAGACGGACGCCACUGCCAACAACAACAAGGAAGCCGUGACUACCAAUGCGCCUCUUGCACCUCCGCCUAAACCCACACAGAACGGUGGUGGAGACUACUUUGCCGGAGCGCACAACGAUCCGAACUUGUCGAGAGAACCGAACCCAUUCGAAAGCGCAUUUGGAAACCCCGCAGAGACACCAGGCAAGCCGCAACUACCUGGCGUAACCAGUCUGACAUCGCCAGCUUCCCUUCUACCUGGCAACACACCUGGCUGGCCCGGAUCCCUGCGCUCUGGUCCUCUCAGUCCUGCUAUGCUAAGCGGUCCUAGUGGGUCGAACGACUACUUCAAUAGUGACCAUCACUUUGGAGGCAGCUUCCCGACCCCUAACGAAUCUUCGUUGAGGACUGGAUUGACGCCCGGUGGAGGCGGGUCUAUGUUCCCGCAGCCAUCGCCGAACUCGCAAGCAAUCUACAACCAGUUGCAGAGUGGUGGUGCUACGCCAGGAACACUCGACUUCCAUCGAACGGCCAUGACUGCGCGUGCACAGACUCAGGCCAACACGAACACUUACGGACUUGGGCAAGGCAUCGCCACUUCGCAACCGCAACAGAACCCAAACAUCCAGCCUGACCUCGAUAGCAAGCCUUACAACCCCAACGGCUCAACGUCGAACCAAGACAGCCAAGAUCCGUUCGGUUCGCACCAGACCAACGACGCCGCGAACGGGCUGUUCAUGCUCGCGCAGGCUGGUGGACAGCAACGCAACGCCCAAGGGUACCCAAUGUCUCAACAGCAGCAGCAAGGAUACCAACAAAACGCCCAGAUGAAACAGGGCGGUAAGGGUAGCGUCGGUAGCACCAUGUCCGGCGGUAGCACUGGCGAGGACAAUCAAUACUCCGACGAUGCCGACUCCAAGCCAUCGACACGGAACGGUCGCGGGAGGAAGGGUCCGACAGGCAAAGCCGCCAAUGGAAAGAGGAAGAACGACGACCCGUCUGCCAAGGGCGCAAACAAGAGACAAAGAGGCAGUACUGUGUCCGAAGAGCCUGAAGACGCCGACAUGGGUCAAGAUGAUGAUGAAGACCAAAUGAACGCCGAUGGCAAGAAGAUGACCGACGAGGAGAAGCGCAAGAACUUCCUCGAGCGCAAUCGUGUCGCUGCUCUCAAAUGUAGACAACGCAAGAAGCAGUGGCUGGCAAACCUCCAGCAGAAAGUCGAGAUCUUUAGCACAGAGAACGAUGCACUGGCUGCAACCGUUACGCAGCUGAGAGAAGAAAUCGUCGGGCUGAAGACAUUACUUUUGGCGCACAAGGACUGUCCAGUAUCUCAAGCACAAGGGAUAUCCGGCAUGGCCAUGCAGCAGAUCGCGGGCGACGCACACGGCUUCGCGAACCCAUACGGCAUGGCAAUGGGCCAAGGUGGACCUGGCAUGCAACAAAAUAUGCAGCAAGCGCAGAUGCAGAGAAGGUGA